GCGCCUCCAUCAAGCUCGUCAGUUGUUGUUCAUGCGGCCAGCCUUUGGCUUUAGGUUUCAAGAAGACCAGCUCAAAGUGAGUGAGAUCCACGUUACCACAGAUAGUCAGUAUCUUUGACCGUGUGCCGGGUUCGGAAGUCUCAAGUUCAAUCACUCUUCAAGCCAACCGAGAAGUUUUCUAGACAAAACAGAAAAUGUGCCAAAUAAAUUACACGCGAUUACUAGUGACCGUGAUCUUGGUGAGCUGCGUGACAUUGGGUGAACAGGGCCCUGAAGCCCAAAGCAACAAAGGAGAAGAGGUGUGGCAGCAGGACCUUAGUGACGCAUUCAACAUCGAUCCUUCCACCAAUGGUAUCAAACAAGUGAAUCUGAAAUGUGGUUCCAAUUCGAUGCUGGUACAAUUGGAAACUGAGGACGAUUUCACCGGCGUGAUGUACACCCGUGGAAGCUUCUAUAAGCAAUCCGAGCCAUGCUUCACCAAGCCAAAAAAUGGACGCGCUCGUUCACUGGAAAUGCGGUUUCCAUUUGACCAAUGUCAAACCAUUCAAAACGGAGAUGUUUUCUCGAAUGUGGUGGUAGUACAACACGAUCCUGAGCUUGUUACACCUGGUGAUGCUGCGUUUUCAUUAGAAUGUGAUUUCCGUAAGGCAAGGAGCUUAGAAGUGAAAGCCGAUUUCCAAGCACGUGACAGGGAAGCAUCCGGUUCAAGUAUCACACUAACAAGCCCAGAUCCUUCAGCAAUAAAACAAACCGAAAAGGAUGAGGACGAAAAUGCAGUUCGUAGUGAAACCAACUCAGUGACCUUUAUCCCAACUCAUUCCAAAACUCAGGGAGAACAAAGGGUUGUUGGUACAGUAGAAGCGUUAGAAAUGGGUGAAAGGCACGAUGAACUGUAGAUCGAAGUAGGUGUACCUAAUCCUGGGGAAUGUAAACAUAAGGAUAAUUAGCAAUAAAGCACACCAGACAGAAGCGGAGAAUGAAGUGUUGACAUCAUGAAGUCGUUAAGCAUCCAAUACGCAAUUAUGUGUAGAUAUUAAGCUCAUAUCAUAGACCCCAUCAUUUGUUUUUGUAAAUUAUUGAAAUUUUCUUCGAACCCGUAUGUGUAAGAUACAGUAGAAUUAAAUUAUUGUGAUAAAAUCGA